UCGGGAGUGGCUCCUUUGGGGACAUCUACUUGGGAACUGAUAUUGCUGCUGGGGAGGAGGUUGCCAUUAAGUUGGAAUGUGUGAAAACUAAACAUCCUCAGCUUCACAUCGAGAGUAAAAUCUACAAAAUGAUGCAGGGUGGAGUGGGUAUUCCCACAAUUAAGUGGUGUGGAGCUGAAGGGGACUACAAUGUAAUGGUGAUGGAGCUGUUGGGACCGAGUCUUGAAGAUCUCUUCAAUUUUUGUUCAAGAAAAUUUAGUCUCAAGACAGUUCUAUUACUUGCUGACCAAAUGAUUAGUCGAAUUGAAUAUAUUCACUCUAAGAACUUUAUCCACCGGGAUGUGAAGCCAGAUAACUUCUUAAUGGGCCUGGGGAAGAAAGGCAAUCUUGUCUACAUAAUAGACUUUGGACUAGCAAAGAAGUAUCGAGAUGCUCGAACUCACCAACAUAUUCCAUAUCGUGAAAAUAAAAACUUAACAGGAACUGCCCGUUAUGCAUCCAUCAACACUCAUCUUGGAAUUGAGCAAUCUCGCAGAGAUGACUUGGAGUCCUUGGGCUAUGUACUGAUGUAUUUUAACCUGGGCUCCCUCCCCUGGCAGGGACUGAAAGCAGCAACAAAGAGGCAGAAAUACGAACGUAUCAGUGAAAAGAAAAUGUCUACACCCAUUGAGGUUUUGUGUAAAGGAUAUCCUUCUGAAUUUGCCACGUACUUGAAUUUCUGCCGUUCUUUGCGUUUUGAUGACAAACCGGACUAUUCCUAUCUAAGGCAAUUAUUCAGAAACCUCUUCCACCGACAAGGGUUCUCCUAUGACUAUGUGUUUGACUGGAACAUGCUGAAAUUCGGUGCAAGCAGAGCAACUGAAGAUUCUGAACGUGAAAGGCGAGAACGAGAGGAAAGAUUGAGACAUACACGAAAUCCAGCUGUGCGCGGAAUACCCUCCACUGCUUCUGGCAGGCUGAGAGGAGCACAAGAUGUAGCUCCUCCUACUCCUCUUACCCCAACUUCACAUGCUGCCAACACCUCUCCUCGGCCAGUAUCUGGUAUGGAACGAGAAAGGAAAGUGAGUAUGAGAUUGCAUCGUGGUGCUCCAGUCAAUAUCUCAUCGUCUGACUUAACAGGCAGACAAGAUACCUCUCGCAUGUCAACUUCACAGAAUAGCAUUCCUUUCGAACACCAUGGCAAGUAGCUGCUCGUCUCCUUUCGUUGGAAGGCAGCACUGGAUUCCUGCUCGGGUAACUACCAGUGUUCUCCAGUCUGCUGUGCACCGAUGAAAAUUAUUUUGCCAUGGAGGGCAGACAAUGCAUGGCUGAUCUCCUAUGUUACCAAUGGCUUUACUAGCAGAAAUACCCUAAACUAGAGUGGAAACAUUGUAAUUGGAAUUCUCCAUGUGACUUUAAAGGCACUUGGAGAAACAUGGACAGACUCCAGCAGCUGCCAUUGCAGGACGUUUUUGCCAGAAACCCAGUGACCUUAAGAGAACCCUGCGGUAACAGGGCUGGAAAAGAAAGAUGGUUUACAAAGUUGACCGCCUGUUAUCGGAUGACCAUUUCAGUUUUCCCUCCACAGGCGGCAGACUUUACCCACUUUUUAUUAUUCUACUGUAACUAUAGAUCUUUUACUUGGUUUAAAAAAGUUUUUUGUAUAAUUUUGCUAAAAUUAUUGGCUUAAUUCUCUGUAAAGAACUCCUUGCUUUUGUCUGAUUUAAAAAUGUAGAAUAUAAACAAACCUAAAUUAAAGAUGAUGACUUGAAAUUUCUUGUUUAAAAAAGAAUUAGUCAUGUAAAUGAAUCAGAACUGUGUGACUUUAUUUAAACUAUUUGCUUGUUUCUGUGGUCCCAUUCUGAGGGAGAUGGUUUUCUCAUGAGCAUUUAAAAACUGUUAGAAUUUUACUUUGCUGUUUGCUGUCUUCAUUCACACUUAACAUUUAACUUCCGUGUUGCACAAAGAAAUUUUUAAGUAUUCAUUCCUUUUCAUAGAAAAGGAGAACUAAAUACCCUGCAGGGGAGUCGAAGUAUAGUAGAAAUGGUAAUAAUGGGUUUUUUAUUUUUUUCGGGGGUACAGUAUAUGAAAUACCAAGUAAAAAACUCUGGCAUUU